AGUGCGUGAGCUGUUUGGCCUUCGUUUAUUUUAUUUACUUGGGGGAAAUUUGUUUCUGUGAAAAUAGUCAACAGUUCCUAACUUGAUGGGGCUGGAAUUGGACAAAAAGACGGAAGAGUGUUCCUUCCUUCCUAAAGGAUGGACACGAGAAGAGGUGAUUAGGAAAUCCGGUCUUUCGGCGGGCAAAACAGACGUUUAUUAUCACAGCCCAUGUGGAAAGAAGUUUCGGAGUAAGCCACAGCUAGCGAGAUUUCUUGGUGAUGCAAUAGAUCUGACAUCGUUUGAUUUCCGCACCGGCAAACUGUUAACAUCUGGAGUGAGGAAGAGUAAAAGGCUAAAGAACAUCCAUUAUGAUUACAACAAAGGUACCCGCCACGAUAUCAGUCUCGUUCUUCCAAUCCGACAGACGGCAUCCAUCUUCAAGCAACCUGUUACACUGAAAACUAAUCACACAACAAAUCGGAUCAAAGCUGACCCCAAACAAGACACAAAAGAAACACCUAAACAGCUCUUCUGGGAGAAGCGUCUUCAAGGAAUGCAUGCGUGUGACAUUGAAGAAGAAAUCUUGAGAUCAAUGGAGCUGCCUGAUGGUUUAUUUGGUGUUGGGCCAGACAUGACAGAUGACAGUUUAGUACAGAGUAUAGCCUCGAGCCUACACGUUAGUACGCAGCCAAUCACAGGCCAGACGGGCUCACAGAAUCAGAUUGAGAAGAAUCCAGGGGUGUACCUCAACUCCGAUCAGCCGCCAUGCUUGAAAUUCCUAGUGACGGAAGCGGACAUCAAGAAACAAGAGGAGAGGGUGCGUGAGGUUCGGGACCGUCUACGGAAGGUGCUCGAGGGUGAUCUGAAACAGAUACAAGUUGAACUGGAAGAUACAGACGAGGAUGAGGAUGCUUCAGAAUGAUCUAAGAAACUCAAAUCUCAGCAAGUAAGAUCACAAAUCCCACCCUAUAGUGGCAACAUUGGUCUGCCAAUAAACUGCUGAUCACAGGCGUCAACAGUUGAAGAGCCAAUACCCAGUCUGAUAGCAGAGUCAUCUGUGACUGCCGAGGCCCCUCCUACUUGGGACCAGCCAAUCACCAGCUCCUUUGUCGGCCAAUCAACUCCUUCACGUUAAACACCUUGGGAUGUAGAGUAACGACAUCUCCCACUUCGUAGCUCCACCCACCGGACCACAACCAAGCUCCUGUGUCAGCAAAUCACAUGCAGGUCAAAAAUUGUAAGACAAAUUUGCAUAAGUUGAACUGUAUUUGCAUAAGCUUUGCAUCUGCAGAGCUGCCGACCCUCCCUGUUUUGCAGAAAGUUCCCUGAAAAUAAACCAUCUGUAGAUGUUCUGAUGAACAAGUUUGAAAAUCUUUCCGAUAAUGAAAACUGUUUUUCUGUUAAUACGUAGAAUGAAAUUCUAAAAUAUCUUCCUGACUGUUGUACAAAAUCUCCCUUAUAACAAAUGUUGGCAGCUCUGCAUCUGUACUAACAAGCCUGAUAUUUUACGGAGACAACGAAGGCGAUUGCCUCAAUGCCCCCUGGUCAUUGCCUUGGUGCCCUUGAAAUGCUUCAGUAGAAAUUAACAAUUUCCUCAUUGCCUUGGUGCCCUUGCCUUUUCAAAAACAAAGCUUACAGGCCUGGUACCAUAGACUUAUAUAUAAGAACUAGAGGGCGCACAAGCCUAGAUAUGCGGCCCGGUGGCGGCCAUUUUUGAAGUUGACAAUAAAACAGCAUCGCAUAGCGUGUGUAUUUCACAUUCAAUGGCCGUACAAAGUUCAUCUUGCAAAUGGCGCACGUGUCUCCUUGCAGUCCCGUUGCGUUUUUGCACGCAGCAUCACCGCCCUCUAGUUCUUAUAUAUAACUCUAUGCCUGGUACUAAUAUCUAUAGCUAGAUCAACUUUCACUAGUACAGUUGAACAACGGUGUCCUAGUAAUGUUUUAUUGAAAGGGAGGAGAUCGGAUACUCAACCCAACUUGAACUUUCCUUCACACUGCAGACCACUUUGUAUGGUUCCCUGAAGGCAGUCAUUAAAAUAACCUUGGUUUUUUUUUAGGGAGACAGGAUGUUUUCUUCGGAUGCCUCAAUUUUGUCCCAAGAAUAGUGGGCGUGAUACACACAGUUAAGAUAGCUCGUUGGUUAUGAAACCUCGUGUCAAAAUGUUGUCAACGGUUUGAGAAUUUCAGGAUGGGGCAAGUGGCAGUAAGCCUUCCUGUUUUUAUCAUUCUUUGGAAAUGACAAGGUGAAUAAUUAAAGGCUGGAAUUUCAUUUGACUCACUUUUCAUAAAAGAAAAUAGUUCUUCCAUUAGAAAAUGGAAAACCGUUGAAGACUGAACUGUUCAGAGCUCAUUAAGUUUUAUCAAUGUCUACUGUUGAAUUAUUCCUUUGUUCAGGGUCUUGAUCUCAGAUAUGUGCGCUUUAUAAGAACUCUAUAUUAUAUUAAAGUGAGAACAAAUGUGGGAUGAGAAUUACAGAAUUAAUACCGACAAGAGAGUGCUGCCACGAGCAUCUGAGCUGGAAAUGAAAAUAGCUUGGACCCCUUUUUGCUGUUUCAGUGCUAGGCUCAUAGUUGGCCUCCGGGAUCCCAACACAGAUGGCCCUGGCAGGAGUGAAGACGAACAGCAUGCAUUGGUCACCAUUGGCAUUAUACACGUACAGUGUUAGAUAUAUGCAGAUUGGUCCAAAAGCAGGUUCGGACAUAAAUUUAAAUAUUCAUACCUUGGAUAUGCACUAAGCUUGGGCGAUAUCACGAUAUUAUCGAAUAUCGCGAUAUU